CUUCCCCCAAUUCGCGAAAUUUCAAACCCAAUCGAACGCUUCCAAACCCUAGGCGAGCUGCGGGCGGCGGCCGCUCGCGAGCAUCCAGCCAUCGAUCGCCAUGGCGCCGCCUCGCCCCCCUCCGGCCCGCGGCGGACGCCGCCCACCCCCUAAGUCCGCGCCCCUCCGUCCGGAGGAGGAGCUGCUCCUCGAGGCAGCGUCCGACGGCGACCUCGUCCUCUUCAAACGGCUGGCGAGGAUGAUGGACGGCGGGCGCGGGCGCGUCACGGAGGCGGUAGAGGCCGUUGUGGAGUGCACGGCGGGGGCGCUGCACCUCGCCGCCGGCCAAGGGGAAUUGGCGAUGUGCAGGUACCUGGUCGAGGAGCUCCGGGUGGAUAUCAACGCCAUCCACGACGGAGGUGAAACGCCUCUGGCUUAUGCAAUUAAUGGUGCAAAUAUAGCUACUGUGAAGUAUCUUCUGGACCAUGGUGCUGAUCCAGAUAAAGUUGAUGACAAAGGAUUUACUUCUCUCCAUAUUGCAGCUGAAGAAGGAUAUUGCAAUAUAGUGGAGCUCUUGCUUUCUAGAGGGGCUUCCGUUGAUGCAUUAUCUAAUCGUGGUACACCACUGCACCUUGCUGCUACUAAUGGUCAUCAUCAAACAGUGAAGAUUUUGUUGGACCACAACGCUGAUUGCAAUAAGAUUGUGAAUGGUGUCUACACACCUCUCCUUGUAUCUAUUUAUGCUCCGUCACUAAAAUGUGUGAAGCUACUAAUCCAGGCUGGUGCUGAUGUAAAUGGUGUGGGUAAUAUAACCCCCUUAAUAGCUGCUGUUGGGUUAACUGAGUGCAUGAAGUGCUUAUUGGAAGCUGGUGCUGACCCAAACGUCCCUGAUGAAUUUGGCAGGAUGCCAAUAGAGUUUGCGGCAAUAUGUGGUACACGAGAAGAUGUUGAGAUCCUAUUUCCUUUAACUUCUCGUAUUCCGGCUGUACGUGAUUGGAGCGUCAAUGGAAUAAUAUAUCACGCAUACUCAUUGCCAGGGCAAAAGUUCUAUGAGAGGGGGCUGGAAAGGGACACAGCUAGUUUGAAAUUUCAAGGAAGAAAGGCACUCGAGAGAAAGGAUUACCUUUCUGCAAUUGAACUAUACACUAAGGCAAUGGGCCUUGAUUAUGAGGAUGCGACCCUGUACUCAGAUAGGAGUCUCUGUUUUCUCCAAAUUGGCGAGGGAGACAAAGCCUUUGCGGAUGCUUAUACUUGUAGAAUGAUGCGCCCUGAUUGGCCAAAGGCCUGCUAUCGGCAGGGAGCAUCUCUAAUGCUGAUGAAGGAUUAUGAAAAGGCCUGUGGUGCCCUUUUUGAUGGUUUGAAAAUGGACCCAUGGAAUCUUCAGAUUGAGAACGCUUUACGGGAGGCUAUGGAUUCCUUGAGGAUAUCUCGUGGCGCUAAGACUGUAUCGAAGUGCCCAUAGGAGCUUGUUUACCGCCUGCCUGCACGAGUCUGCUUGCUUCUGCACGAUUUUUUCCGAGUUCUGUCCAUAUGCUUUUAUAUUGUAGAUAGAGAAGCAGUUAGAUUGUGUGCAAGUGUGGGUUUUCCGUAGUAGUCGCUGGCUGGCACGCUUCGAGGUGUGUUUGUUAAUGACUUGUGUCUACUGAGCGCUGCAUAAAUGUAAAAUGAUAUACGACACACUUAACUACUGUGGUUCUUUUUGAGGGAGCUUAACUACUGUAGUUAAUUCUUUUUGAGGAAUUGAUGCUUAGAUGA